AUGGCUCUCGAAACAGUGGCUCUCGACCAUCUUCCUGCGUCGCAAACCGUCCACAUCGCAUACUUCCGCAAUGUGCGCAACGCUGCCUUCCUCCACAGCCAGCUCCUAGCUCGCAAUCCCGAUUUCGAAUAUGGCUUCGUCGAUGCCUCCAUCAUUGUCUCCCGACUUCACCUUCUCUCCGCCGUCUUCCGAGCCGCGACCACAGCAUCAACCAACUCCCUGAUUACGCCCAACGUCCACUCCGAGAUCAUCAUUUCAUUAAGCCCCUCAAACAACAUCUCUGAGGCAUACCGCCGCUACGGAAUAUCCCCCUCGACCAAAGACCUCCUCGUUGUCAAGAUCAGCGGCCCCGGAGGCCCCUCCCACGACGACAUCGCAAAGCACCUAAACCAGCACGUCGAGGGCGACCAGCUCCCCGUCACCGACGAGAACAUCGCCCCGGCCACCGACAACUCCAAGGUGGCCAAGUACUACAAGCUGAACGGGCUCAGCUGGCUCGACGCUAUCAAAGACCAGCCGCAGAAGCGCAAAGAGGUGGAAACUCUCGUGGUGGGCACAUUAGCUGUACGGGGUAUUUAA